AUGAUGGAAAGCCUGAGGAGCAAUUUGGUGCAAGCAUGUGAUGAUGAACAAAUUAUUUUACACUGCCCAAAAAAUACUCAAAUUUUGCUUGAAAAUAUAUUUUACGGUCGUUUGGUACCAAACGAUCAACUUUGCCCCUCGCUACAUUCAAAGCAUCAAUUUCCGUCCAGUGAAAAUAUCAGCUGCGAAGUAAUACAGGCUCAUGUGAAGGUUCGUAGGAUUGAGGUCAUUGUCUUGCUUGGUUAA